AUGGAUGCACUUACCACCCUACAAAUCAACGUCAUUGUCUUCAUCAACCCUCGUCUUCACUUUGCACUCUCCCUUGAUCGUCGGUCGCGACUUUCUCGCAAAGCCUGCUGCACUAUCUUCACACGCGCCUGGGAAGUUCGCAAUGAAGCGCUCAAAAUCCUCCUCUACAGAUCUGGGAAGACCUCGGAACAAGAGGAAAUAGCGCACAGAGCUUCAAACCGCGCGACGGAAGUGGCGCUCUUGUUUAUCAACGUGAAGCAAAACGGCUCGAAGAACCCGAUUUCUUUUGUAGAGUCCUUCUGUAGAUCUAAUAUCUCCAUAGAAUCGCUGUUCGGUCGCUUGUAUCCCACUAUGAUACUAGAAUCUGAAGGCCAGGUGAUUACAUCGAUGGGCUGUCGUGUCUUGCUAGUUUUUCCUUCCUAUGACGAGGCUUUCAAUGAUCCAUUUAUCUCCUAUGGCAUAAUCCAACCGAAAUCUGAAGUUGCCUACGCCUCGAAGUGA